AAAGCGUCUUGUUUACAAUAUUGCAUAAAUGUGUUUUUCAGUUCGAAAUCUUAACGAUAAUGAGCAGUGUAUUAUAUUUUUAUGUGUUGUAGACGUUUGGUAAUAUGCGUGUUCCGGAAUGUUGUAAUAUUUCUUCGUCGUAUGUCUGAGAAGUGUGGUUAAAAAUUGUAUUCUGACAUGAGAAAACGGUUCCGCCUGUAAACUUGGUGCACAACAAAUAGUAAAUUAACAAGCAUUAUGUGUAAUUGCGAUGUUAAGGGGAGAUGUCAGGCGGUCCUGUGUUCCCACGGAAAAAUCAGAAGUUACAGGUUUUGCUGAUUCAAACGAAAGUGCAGUGCACAAUAAAAAGCGAAUUACUCGAUCAAAUGGUGUCCUGGAUGCUGGACUGUGCGAGAGGGCGGUGAAAGGUCAACACGAAGACAAGUCAUACGGAAAACAUGUUCGAGUGACUCGAAGUGCAACAAAAUUAUGGCAGAAGACGUGCGGAUACGUGGUGUCAAAUGUUCAAGAGAGUCUGGAAGUGGGUGCCGAUACGUCAGAACAGCAUCUGAUGAAGCCACCUAUCAAACCUCCACCUUGCCACGUCCAGCGAAAUAUUUUCUCGGGUGUACUUACACGAACGCAGCGAAAAGCGCUAGGAAGAGAUAAUAUACAAAGUGAAGUGCGCACUGCUCCUAAAGAACUGAGAAUAUCCACUGGUGGGAGGUGUGUCACGCUGGAGAACCUGGCCAACACUAGCGAUUACGGAACUGCGUCAGAAGGAUCGAGGAACUGUUCAGCAGCCAACGAUUUUUCACCAGUUAGUUCUGUAGAGAGUUGUCAGUGUGAAUCCAUAACUGGAGUAACUGAACUAGAUAGUGGGUCAAGCAGUGUUGGUAGUGUGACUGGCCAGGAGCAGGAUUUUGAGGAGCUUGAUAAUAAACCAACGGAUCUGUCAUGUGCUGCUUGGGAUUCUGAUGGGAAUGACUGCGAAACUCAAAACAAAAUCGAGUGGGAUUCUGAAGCAGAACAGCGUUACUACAGCCAUUUGCGGGAGAGUGUAGAAGUAACAUUAUUGAAGAGUGGUCAGGUCACAGCGAUCAUUCCUAAAAUAAACAGUAGUGGCUAUAAAGGAGAAUUCAGAAUUAAUGUGAAGUCUGGAGAAAGCACCAAUUUUUACAGGCAUGGAUUGUCACGAAGUAUGCGUGUUCACCAUGUUAGUCCUGUGGUGUCUGUGGAACCUCAUGGUGUUCAUUUUCAUGAGAGUUAUCCAGCACUUCUUUCCAUUCCACUUAGCAUUGAACCUCAGGAUGAAAAAUGGCUUGUUUGUCUAUGCAGCAAUACGCCAGAUGGCGAACUUCCUUGCUGGAAAAGGCUACCCCAGAAGGAUUAUUCAUACAGCAAUGGGUAUCUCGUGAUAACAGCAGGCCAUUUCAGUCUCUUCACUGUAAUCAUGGAAGAGCCAUACCCAGAAGUUAUGCGACACAUUCGUAGUCGCCGUGGAGGACGUCUUUACCUGGAAGAAGUUCCUGGUGUUGAAGUAGUUUUUCCUCAGGGAUGUUUAGAGCAUGAUCUUGAUGCAUACUUGCGCAUAUUGUUUGAUAGUGAACCUCAUAUGCUUACUACAGGAGAACACCAUGCAUACGCUCUAGCUUCCCCCGUCAUCAUGUUGGGUCCUCAUGGUCAUCAGUUUGAUCAGAAUAGACAGCCGGUGUACAUUCGACUUCCAGUACCAGAUUAUCAUGAAAUUGUGGAGCAUUUUGGGCCACAUGUACGACUGAGUGUUUGGCAGAGUUCAACUCGUGAGGGUGAACCAAUGGUUUGGAAUAGACUCGAUGUUCCUUUGACAGGCCCUUAUAAUGUUUCAGUGCGUGGCAUGAACAUUCCUGUUGUUUCUUUUCCUGUUCAUCAUUUUUCUUUCUUCAAGAUAUUAUGGGAUGUUUUAUCAACUACGUUAUAUGAGGCAAAAAUGGGAAUGUCAUACUUUUACCCAUAUAUAUCUUUUUCAAUGAUGUGCCAAGCUUUCAUGGAAGAAAGUGGAACCAACAAUCGCUUUGGGCUCGAAGUAAUAUGUUACCGAUCAGAUCAUCGCUUACCAGAAACAACAAAUUACAGGCACAGGGUCGGUUCCAGUUUGAAACCAAAGAUGGUCAGACCAGGUCGCAUUCUUGUAAGGCUUCGUUCACAAAUGUUUGAAGCUGAUGUAGAGGCAGGUGAGGAUGCCGAUAUGGUGAAAGAGGAACCAGACUUCAGAGGCCGGGAUUUUGAGAAACAGUAUGCUUGCAGGUUCAAGCCAGAUGCUAAUGUCGAACGAGGUCCUUUUGGAAAGGUCAUUGUAGAAAGAUUUGUCAGUGCAGCUGCCAAAGAUCCAUUGUUUGAGUUCAACCUAAAUAAGACUGGUCUUGAGGCUGAAACUGUACCUCCAGUGGGCUGUGAACGCUGGACAGUUUUUGCUAUGAAAGAGCUUGCUGGAUCAUUGCAAAUAACAGAUGGCAAUAACUGGAAGAAAUUUGCUCAACAUAUAGGAUUUACCAAAAAUGAAAUUAAGAACAAGCUGCAGUAUGCAGAUGACCCCUUUCUUAUGAUGAUGAAUAUGUACAAUGGACGUGGUGGUACACCAGAAGAGUUUGUUCAAGCUCUUUACGCAGUGAGUCGAGACCUUCGUAUCAAUGGCGGUAAUACAGGAAGUGAAGGAAGUGGGAGCAAUCGUUCAAGUGGGUCAAAGAAUUCUGAUGGCCAUGCCUCAUCUUCACAAGAUUCUGGUGGAGGUGUGAAACGCAGACUUUGGAACUUCAGACCUUUUGCUAAAGCACUAGAUUCUGAUUCAGAUGAAGAUACUCCUACAAAAGGCCAAAAACGACCUCUUCAAAGCAGUGACAAGAAGAGUCCUGGAGUCAGUGACUCUAAACGAAGAAAAUUCUCAGAUAUCUCAGAAACAAUUUCAUCCUCAGGUGAUGACGCCAAGGAUAUAAAAUCUUCAUCUACUGUUGAUCACAGAAAAAAUCCACGUAAGCUGAGUGAUAAGGAUCUCUGGCAGAUUUCAUCAAAAAUUGUUCGGAAGGACUGGCGCAAUCUUGGUCGUACAUUGGGCAUUGAGGAGCAGGUAUUACUAAAUCUGGAACAUGCUCAUCACUCCAUAGGCUUCCGGGAAUGUGCGUAUCAGAUGUUACUUGAGUGGAAGGGUCGAAAACCUCGCAGUUGUACUUUUGGUGAACUUUAUUCAGCUCUCAUGCAUGAGGACAUGGUUUCUGUGGCUAAGCAUAUGGUCAAAACUGUGACCACACGAGAAGAAUCUGAUGACUCAUCUUCAUGAUAACGUGUCUGCCGAAUUUAAGCAUGAACAUACUAUAUCAUGCAAACUGAUAUGUCAUAGCAUUUGUGCAUAGUGGUGACAUUUACUUCGUAAUUUUUUAAAUUAUUGUGGUAGUCUUUCUUUGAUUUUAAGAAAGAUGUUUAUGUGCUGAUAAUUUUGUAACUUUUUGUACUCUGACAUUUUUUAUGUUGCCUCGUAUGUAUAGCUCUUAUAAGUUGUGCUGCUCAGAUGAUUAUCCUGUAUAGUGAUUGUAUAGUGUAUAUAAUUUAGAUGUUGUGUGUUCAGCAGACCGUUCUGUGUUUUAAUAGUAAUCUGAUACUGUCAUUUUAUCAGUUUCAUUCCAAAAUGGCUACAUUCGAUUGUAUUUAUAUGCUGUCUUUGUCAUAUUGUAUUACCACAGAAAAAUGAUGUUUUAUACACUCUUUCUCUUUGCCACUUACCUUGUCAGUGAAUUUGUUUUGUCAUGAAUUAUUGGCAUCAGUUAUAUAACCACAAAUUUGUGUGUAAGUAUGGUUCACAAGCUAGAAUUGUCUCUGUUCAUGUUGUAAUUAAUGGUAUAUUUUAAUUUCCUGCAGUCUUAAAUUUUGUUAAUGAACUAUUUUUGUAUAUCCUGUGAUUCAUCAUUGCCCACUCACAACAGUUAACAGUCUCAGCUCACACUUCCCCAGACUCCUGAAUUUGUUACAAAGAAAUUUACAUCUGAGGAUGUCUUCUCCAUCUCGGAAGAGCCUGAUAUUUUAAGAGUGUCAACCACUGCUUUUAUUGACUCCACUCGACCACAGCCAGAGUUUAUUUUUUAAAAGUGCUGUCAAAAUUGGGAGAUUGGUGGACAGUUAAGACAAGUGUGCAAAUAUGGUGCUUUAUCCAAGUUUUGAAAGUAAACCAUAUUAUGUCGAAAUUCUGCUUAAGGCUAUGUAAUGUUUGAUCCAUAGUAAAUACGAAAUAAAUUUACAGACCUGAAAUUAAACUUUGCAACACUUUCUUUCUUGUAUGUGACAAUGUUCACAUAGAUAUGCAAUUCUCUCACAGCUUUAUCUUACAAAAACUUUUUUAUUCAUCCUGUAUGAAUUUUAUGUGCAAAAUUUACUUACUAUUCCAAAGAUAACUGUGUGUUUUCACCAUUUCUGGAAAGAAAAUAUUCUAAAUAUUCUGAUUUUCCCAGUUUGAUUCCUCUAUUUAAUAUAAUAACAUAAACAGUAACAAAUACAUACAUUCAUUGUUCGAAUUUUGAAGUUAAAGAAUUUUCUCACCACCUCUCUCUGCAAGUCAAUACACACUGUGUGAAUUCCUAUUGACUUGGUGAUUUUGGCAUCAUAAACUUUUCUUAAACCUCCCCAUAUAGCAAAGAUCACUUUGCACACUUCGAUGAUGGUUCUCAGCUCAGAGGUAUGUGGUUUGAAUUAUCGUUACGGAUGGAAUUUUUACACCAUUAUUUGACUGACAAGGGGAUGAGUGGUGGUGGCAUUAAGUACCUAAUCUGUGAACUUUAUCAAUGUUCUGGGUUGGAUUCCAGUCAUCUCUGCAGUGUCUCACAAAAUGAGAGUUUAACGCUGUUGAACCAUUUAUCAAAUGAGGAUGACCUUUUUGGUGCUAUCUGAGAGAAAUAGGCUAUAUGUCUGCAUUUUGUUUCACCCUCUUCCUCCUCGCCAUAAUCAUGUCCCUCACCACCACCACCCCCACCCCCACCACCACAACCACCACCACCACCACCAACAACAACAACAACAGUUUUCUGAUGAAAUUUUCUUCAGAAACCAGCAGAAUAAUAUGUUCAUUUCAAAACUAGACUGCAGCAAGCUGCUUACUUGUCAUUUUCGCCAAAAGAGACUAUAUUUGUUUGAUAUGUUUUACUCCCAAAGAUUUCUUUUGGUUGGUGUUAUUUACUAAAAAAAAAAAAGAGUUCUGUUUGUAGCACUGUUUAAUACUUCAGAUUUUAUCUCUCAUGACUCUCAUAAGUUACUGGUUAUUUUCCUCCAUAAUUUUUAUUUCUUCAUAUAAAAUUCAGGAAAUGUUUGUUACAACUCAUCUUUGUGCUUUGCUGUUAUUAACAUUUUGCUAUUAUGCGUUGUUGAUGUUUUAGAUCUAGAUAUUUCAUAUAUUGAAAAUUAUCCCAUAGUACUCAGAGUUCUCUUGUAUUCCUAGCACUGUUUGAAAUUUUAUUACUUGCAAAUAAUAUUCUGUUUUCUUGCUUGUAUAUUGGAAGUAAUUGUGAUGUCUGUUGACAUUGGUAUUUUAAUUUAUUUUGUGUGGGUGUUAAUUGCUAAAUUUGUAAUUAUCAAAGAUCUUCUUUAUUUGUGUUGUCCGUUAUGCUAAAAUGUUUUACGACAGUAUUAUUUUAUGAUUUAUUUAAAUAUUUUGCUGGUAAAUUGUCUGUGGCCAGUUGUCCUUUCAUGAACAGAUGCAAUAACUUGUAUUACAGUUUAGUGAGCUCAAUUGAUUGGUGAGCAUCACUGUUAUUUUCAAGCUGAAGUAAAUUAACCCUCAGUUGUGUACUUAAUUCGUGCCAGUGCCUAUGCUGAUGUGCCAGUAAAGACCAUGUGACUCAAUAGCAAGGAUGAGUGUGAGGAUACAAGGAAUUUCUUGUAGACUAAUAUGACUGUGCAUUCUGAAAUCAUCCCAGUUCACAGUGUUGAUAUGUACAAACUUUAUAUUUGUUAAUUCAUUGUUAAAGAAUAUAAGUUAAAUGAAAAGAAAAUUAAAAAGUAUUGUACAGGA